AUGGCCUACAACCGUUGCAUGGCCGUCUGCCAGCCCCUGUGCUACCCCACGCUCACGUCCACAGUCUGCGGCUGCAUGGUGGGGGUCCUCUGGGUGGGGGGCUUCCCGCAUUCCACCCUCGAGACCUUUCCCACCUCCCUGCUCCCUUUAUAUGGCCCCAACAAAGUCAUCCACUACUUCUGUGAUGUCCACCCCCUGCUCCCCCUGGUCCACGCCAACACGCACGCCAAGGGCCUGGCCACAGUGGCCAACAGCGGGGUGAUAUCCCUGAGCUGCUUCCUCAUCCUGGUCAUGUCCUACAUGGGCAUCCUGGCUUCCCUGAGGUGGCACAAGGCUGGCGACAUGCACAAGGCCCUGUCCACGUGCAGGUCCAACAUCACUGUGGUGAUCCUGUGUCUUGGGCCCAGCACGUUUGUUUACAUCUGCCCAUCCGGUGGCUUGUCUGAGGACAGGAGUGUGGCCACGUUCUAA